CGGACUUCAAGAGAAGCAGCGGUGGGUACGAUUUGCAAUCUGGGAAAAUAUUCAUCCCGUAGGACACUGCCUGCAAAGAAAGCCACGGAGGAUAAGACUGAGAGAAGAGACCCUCGGACCGUCGAUAGUGACCAAUUCACAAUGGAUGUCUUCUUGGUAGCCAUCCUCAUCGUGCCGCUCAUCCUGGGGCAAGAAUACCCAGAUGAAGAGGUGCUAGAUGAGGAGGAGUAUUACCAGAUCGUUUAUUAUUAUUCUGUCACGCCCGUCUAUGAUGACUUUGGAACUUUCACUAUUGAUUAUUCCAAGCUUGAGUCAGAAGGCAGGGGGUCACUCUCUGGAGGACAGAACCAGUCGGAGAAGGCAGUCACGGAAGCAGUGGAGACGACCAUUAAUCACGCAACAGAACAAGGAGAACAUCACAAGACUGUAACAGUGACGCCCAUGACAGUGGGACCACAGAGUCCGGAUCUGACGGAUGCUGUAUCGGGUCUUCAGAGUCCUGUUCCUCUCCUCCUGUCCUGGGCCCUCGUGCAGGGGAUGAUGUAUUUCACGUAGAAGGAGACAAGGCUGCUACCACUCUGUAGGUGGGAAGAAGAGACUGGAAGAGAAAAUGUUUAGAAUUUGGAGAGAUAGACGCUUACCUCGCAUGGGGCCAAUCUGGGUUCAAAUCCCCAACGCAACAUAUGGUCCUUUGUGCAUCACCAAGAGUGAUCCCUGAGCACAAAGCCAGGAAUAAGCCCUCCUCACCGCCAGAUGUGCUCCCAGAACCCCAAAAGUAAAUAAAGGUUGACUCUCUACUCCUUCA